UUAAGGUGUUGUGUCUAGGGCUCCUUAUUAUUCAAUGUAAAUGUUCAAUUGUUUCAAGUUUCAUCACUUCCUUGCAAAACUCCCUCAAAAGCCACAAAGUGAAGGAUAUUUGUUUCAUAGAAACCGGGGCACAUGACCACUUGGGUUUGCUCUCGAUGGAGUUUGCUUUUCAAAUCUUGCUUCCAUCUUCGCUAAAACAUGGAUUACCAAAUUGCGACAUGACUUUGGUAGAUUUAUCCACAUCCUCCAACUUUGAACUACUUAAAGAUAUCCACAACUACACCCAACCCCAAACGCCAUACCUGGUAAUGAUGAAUGGUAAUCUUUUGCCCAAUUUUGCCACUUAUCUCCGGACUCGGCCACGGUUUUUAAAUGUGGCCGUGAUCAGAAUGUUGGAUAACCAACCAAGCUUAGUCUAUCAAUCCCAAAUGGGUCCAGAAUAUACCUUGGUGGUGAAGAAUGCCUGGACCGGCCAGAGGCUGGUUUUUGAAGGACACAAUUUAUUGAGCAAAGGCAGAUUUUCCAAUUUAUUCGGACGGGUUAUCCAUGCGAGUGCUGUGAUUUAUCCGCCAUUUUUUAACCAAGUUCAAGAUUCUAACGGGAAUGGGUUGUUCCAAGAAGGGAUAGAGAUGGAGCUAGUAAAAACGAUUACCAAAUCUAUAAAUGCCAAGCUGAAAGUGAGGACCCCUACUGAUGGCGAAUUUUGGGGUCGUGACAAGGAUGGCGAUGGCAAGUUUGACGGCAUGGUUGGAGACCUUCAAUUUGACAGAGCUGAUCUCGGGUUCGCUCAAGUGUUUGCCAAGGCCGAGAGGUUAUCAAUUAUGGACUUUUCUUUGGAGUAUGAUUAUGAUUACGAUGCAUUUCUCGUCUUGAAACCAUCCCCAUUGCCCCAAAUUGUGGCCAUGGUGAGGCCAUUUAAAACCUCCACAUGGAUCUGGUCUGUGAUUGUUUUUGGAGCGUCCUGCCUGUUUGUAGGCCUCUAUGAAUUAUUUGACGUCCAGAACUCGCUGGAGGGGGCAAAGGGUAUCCUAUUUCUCAUAUCGGCAACCCUAAUGGAAUCCAACCAGUUAUGCCACAAAUGGAACACUUUCACGGGGCGGGUUUUCAUGGCGACCUUUCUCAUUGGAGUGUUCAUUCUCUCCAAAGGUUACAGUGGAGGCUUGGUGUCCUUUCUGACCGUUCCAUUGACAAAGAAACCGAUAAACUCCAUUCAAGGAGUUGUAGAUGCAGGAUUACCAACAUCUAGCAGAGGUGGAUCGUCGUUUAUCAGCUACGUGUCCAAGAGCCCUUUGAUUAUGGAGCUGAGGGAUUCUCAUCAAUCUCAUCGGGACUAUGACAUGGCCUUUAAGAACUUCAGCCGGGGCGAAAUCAUUUUAUUUCAAAGCUUGCAGCUAUUUCAAGUUGAAAUACGUAAACGCUUGACAAAUGAGUAUGGCGAAACUCGGGCGCACAUUGUUGGUGAUUAUCCGAGAUUUCAUCGGGUUGCGUUGGGGCUUGGGAAAAUGAGCCCGCUUACUGCGAUAGUGAAUGAUCGAGUUCAAAAGAUCAAAGAAUCUGGAAUGAUCAAGUUUUGGACUGCCACAGCCAUGGAACGAAUUGGCAAACUGGCAGACUCCAAAUCCAGGCCAAAGAAUAUUGUGUUGGGGUGGAACGAGUUGGAAGGACACUUUCUGAUUUGGGCAAUUUGUCUUGCCAUCUGUAGCCUGUCUUUUGGACUAGAAUUAGCAAUGCUGUACCUUAAGAAGUAUAAAUGGUUUGACAUUGCGAUCCAAAUUUGUUUGAAGGCAUAAAUUGAAGAAUAUGACAUUGAUCGGUUAAAGUACGAAAGAAUAUUGGAACUUUGUGGCAAUAAAUUUGCAUUGA